AUGGGCGUUUUUGAGCCCAUAAUCUGCCAAGGGGGCUACUACUGCCCGCCAGCACAGAGGACAACCAUUCGAUGCCCCUCCGGUUCGUACUGCCAGCCCGGCGCACCAUCACCGACCCCUUGUAGCACUGGCAGCUACUGUCCCAAGGGCGCUACGAGCGAAGCUGUUGUGAUCCCAGUGGGCAUUGUUAUCAUUGUUGAUCUUUUUAUUGGCGCCAUCUUGCUGUGGGUUGUCUUGCGGCAGCGAAGGAAGAAUGGCAAGAGGAUGAAAUUCCCAGGAAUCCCAUUCGUGGCCAAGUCUGCAUCAAAGAAGGGAAUUCAAGCUACAGUCACGGGGUACAAGCAGCUUGACGACGAGACAGACCAGGAGAUGCAACCUAUGCAGCCCACAUUUCUGCCAUAUAGGCCCGGGAAUGGCUUUCAGGCUGUUCUCGACGUGCCCGUGGCACGCGCCCCAACCGUCAAGUUGCGCCGAGCUAACACACUGGCUGCAUUGAAUCCGCAGCUCAAGGCCUUUGUCGACUCAAUGUCAAGAGCCACGGAUGUACAAGCCGACAACCUUGGCCUAUCUUUCGCAUACAACGGUCUCACAUUUCAACCGAAAGGCCGACCCACGCCCAUUCUACAGGAUGUCACUGGCCGGAUAGAUAAGGGAUCUCUCGUCGCCGUCAUGGGCGGUUCUGGCGCCGGAAAGUCGACCUUUGUCAACGUGCUCAUGGGCAAGACCAAGAACACUGGAGGGACUGUCACUGUCAACAACAUUCCUGGGAAGAUCGAGCAGUACAAGAAAAUUAUAGGCUACGUGCCUCAAGAUGAUGUUGUCCUUCCCGAGCUGACAGUCCGGGAAAAUAUCCUGCACUCGGCACGCAUCCGUCUGCCCAGAUCCUGGUCCGACAAGGACAUCUCGGCCCACGUCGACUCUGUUGUUGACUGCCUCGAGCUCUCUCACGUCCGAGACUCCCUAGUCGGCAGCGUUGGAAAGCCUGUCAUCAGUGGUGGCCAGCGAAAGCGCGUUAGUAUCGGUAUGGAGCUGGCCGCUGCGCCCAUGGCUAUUUUCCUCGACGAACCGACAAGUGGAUUGGACGCUACUGCCGCCAGCUCAAUCAUGCUGACCUUGAAGGCUCUUGCGCGUCUCGGUAUCUCGGUCAUUGUCAUCAUUCACCAGCCGCGUAUGGAGAUCUUCGAAUUGCUUGACAAUCUCAUUCUUCUUGGCAACGGCCAGGCCAUCUAUGAAGGACCGGAACAUGAAGCGCAGGCAUAUUUUGAGGGUAUGGGGUUCAAGUUCCCUAAGCACAGCAAUAUUGGCGACGUGGUUACGGAUAUCAUUACCGGCAAUGGGAGGGCAUACAAGAAGGGCGGUGACGUCUCUAAGGAGGCCCUCAUCAGCCACUGGGCAUCCCAUCAUCGUCAGUGCGAAAGCGAUGAAGAGUCUGGCGAUGACUCCGAGGCAAAGAGUAUCAGGGUCUCUAUGAGAGCACUUUUGAAACGCCGUGGUGCCCGCCGCAUAAGCAGACAUGGCUUUGCUUCCGCCGCGCCAUGCUGCAACAGUAUCGUCUCAAGCCCGCACUAUUCUUUGAGAUUGGCUUAA